UGGGUAUAGGUUUGGAAUUAAAAUCAAGUUGUGGGUUAGUUUUGGCAAAAAUCCCCAAGUUUUUUUUUGAUAAUUUACCUUUAUCUUUGGACAAUGUAUUAUUGUAGACUCUCAUAGUCCAAUAUUUCAAAAAUAUUUUAUUUUAGAAAUCUUUGCUAUUAUAUAUUUGAAAAGUCUAUUUUGAGCUAAAGUAAUAUCCAGUUUUCAUAAUUAUCAAAAAAAAUUGUAUUUAUUUUAUUAUUUUUAUAUGUUUUUUUAUAAAACUAUCGGCUGAUCUGGUCGGCUUCGGGAGGAACACACUUAAUGGUACAGAAUGGACUAACCCGAAAACGUACUAUAUUGUCUGAGUUUAGAAUAUCUACCGACUAAUGUUAGAAGGUGGACCGAUCAUCUGUUAUAUCCCACCAUGUAAACUACUUAAGUCGAAACUCAAUCCCAGACUCACCAAAUAGUGGGUACAUACUGAACCCCAAAAAAUUGCUACUACACCACUUGGUUUUAUUUUUAUAUGUUGAUAAAACCACAUUUGUAAUACUCUCUACCCUUAGUCCAUUACUAAACAAAGGAAAACGUUGUUGAUAUGUCUAAACUAGUCUAGAGUCAUAUGGUAAUAUUUUAGACAAACAUUUGUUGAUAUGUUUUGUAUUUAUUUUGUCAAAUUAUAAGAAUAAUAAGUAAUAAUAAUUAAAAAGAAUGAUCCGGCAUUUGUAUUUCUAUCAGUAUAUUAAAAGACCAUCCCAAAAUUUUAUAGUGAUAGAAACGUUCACGUCAUAAGAAAACAGCCGUCGAGCUAAAACAAUAUCGACGAAAAUGUAAAUCUCACUCAUGAGUCAUGGACCUUGCAAUAUAAAUUGUGUUUGCUUUAAUGUUAAUACCACACCACAAUACAUCUUUAGCAUUUUUCUCCGAAUUACAUUCAAUUCCUUAGCUAGGAUAAGAUGAUGCACAAAAUCUCUUAUCUUCUACGUUUACUAUUACCAUUUCUACUCUGUCUCCAUCUUCUCACCACUGUAUCCGGCAUUGACCAGUGGUGCUACAAAACUCCUUACCCUGAUCCAUGCAAACGCUACUUUAUAAACCGUAACGAUUUUCGACCUCCCACACAACUAUCCGAUUUUCGAGUAAUGCUUGUUGAAGCAGCCAUGCAUCGGGCGAUAUCUGCUCGGGACGCGCUGGCUAGUUCCAGCCUUAACUGUACUGAUGGCCAGAAGCAAGCCGUUUUCGGCGACUGCAUCGACCUCUACGGAGACACUAUCAUGCAGCUGAACAGGACGCUAAAGUGCAUGUCCCCAAAAGCUAGUUGCACCGACUUCGAUGCUCAGACGUGGCUGAGCACCGCACUUACAAACACCGAGACCUGCCGACACGGCACAACAGAUUUCAACGUCUCCGAUUUCAUCACACCUAUCGUUUCAAAGACCGAAAUAUCCAAUCUCAUGAGCAACUGCUUAGCCGUCAACGGAGCCCUCUUGACCGCCGCAAACAAUGGUAAUCGGAAGGAUUUUCCGACGUGGGUUUCCGGGAAAGAGAGAAGACUUCUACAAUCGCAAUCUGAGCGUGCUGUCCGAGCUAACCUCGUGGUGGCCAAAGACGGGUCGGGACACGUCACGACGGUGCAAGCGGCUAUUGACGUGGCGGGACGGAGAAAGGUGACGUCAGGGAGGUUUAUUAUAUACGUGAAGAGAGGAGUAUAUGAAGAAAACAUAAACGUACGUCGCAAUAACGAUAAUAUAAUGUUGGUCGGAGAUGGAAUGAGAUCUACCAUUAUCACCGGUUAUCGCCGUGUCAAAGAUGGUUACACCACCUACAAUUCCGCCACUGCUGGUAUCGAGGGACUUCACUUCAUAGCCAAAGGCCUAACAUUCCGGAACACGGCGGGUCCAGCCAAGGGCCAAGCCGUGGCACUCCGAUCAUCCUCAGACCUAUCAAUCUUCUACCAAUGCUCAAUUGAAGGAUACCAAGACACAUUAUUGGUCCACUCCCAACGCCAGUUUUACCGCGAGUGCUACAUUUACGGAACCGUAGAUUUCAUAUUUGGAAAUGCAGCCGCCGUUUUUCAAAACUGUCUCAUCCUCCCUCGCCGCCCCCUCGAGGGUCAAGCCAACGUAAUAACCGCGCAAGCUCGUGCAUAUCCAUUUCAGAACACUGGGAUUUCUAUUCAUAACUCAACUAUCCUACCCGCUCCUGAUCUAAUACCGGUGAUCGGUAACGUUAAGACGUACAUGGGGAGGCCGUGGAUGAAGUACUCGCGCACCGUGGUUCUCCAGACGUAUUUGGAUAGUGUUGUUUGUCCGUUGGGUUGGUCGCCGUGGCUUAAAGGUUCGGAUUUCGGUUUAGACACAUUGUUCUACGCGGAAUAUAAUAAUAUAGGACCAGCUUCGUCCACGAGCGGGCGUGUUCGUUGGAAAGGGUUCCAUGUGUUGAAUAGAGCUUCCGAUGCAUCUGCUUUCACUGUUGGAAGCUUCAUCGCCGGUACUGCGUGGCUCCCAGGCACCGGCAUACCCUUCAAUUCUGGACUCUAAGGCUAUCUAUGGUUUGUUUUCUUUGUUAUCGUGCUUAAAGCUACAAUGAUAUAAAAAUUCUACGACUCUUGAAUAUGAAAUAAAGUUAUAACUAUGGAUGAACAAACGUGGAAAAUGUAGAAGACGCAUAAAAAUAUUUAGUUACAAUGCUUGAGACAUAAACCAACCCCCACGAACUAAAGUUGUUUUGAACCAUGAGAAGCAAAAGAUCUGAGAACAGAACCAAUUAAUGAAAUCAAAGAAGAAGAAAUAAGAGAGUCCUACAGUUAUACGAC